AUGGAACUUUAUGUUUUCUUUAUAUAUGUAGUCGGGAAGACACUUCAUAAAAAGAUCCAAAACACUAAUUUACUAUUAUUAUUCGGAAAACUUUGUUUUUUCACAAAUAUAAAAGUUUUCAUAUUUAGUGAGAAAAUGAGCUUCCUUAUUCGUUCCAUCUGUUUCCUUAUCCUCAUUCCUAGUUUUCUAAUCACGUUUGUUUCAGCUACGCAACACUUGUGUCAUUCCGACCAAAAGGAUGCUCUUCUUGAUUUCAAGAAUGAGUUUGGGAUGGUUGAUUCAAAAUCAUGGGUGAACAAAAGUGAUUGUUGUUCGUGGGAUGGUAUCACGUGUGAUGCUAAGUCGGGAAACGUGAUCGGGCUAGACCUUAGUUCUAUCUUCCUCUAUGGCCAGCUCAAAUCCAACAGUAGUCUUUUUAAACUGCGUCAUCUCCGUGAUCUAAACCUCGCUAACAACAAUUUCAACAAUUCGCCAAUACCAGCUGAGUUUGAUAAACUCACAGGGCUAGAAAGACUUGACCUCUCUCAGUCUUCACUUUCAGGCCAAAUUCCAAUCAAUCUUCUUCAGCUAACAAAGUUGGUGUCUCUCGAUCUUUCUUCUAGUGAUUUUUUCGGUGAUGAAUCUUUUCAUUAUUUAUCCAUUGAUAAAUCUUUUCUUCCUCUACUUGCUCGAAACUUGAGGAACCUUAGAGAACUAGAUAUGAGCUACGUAAAAAUUUCUUCAGAAAUCCCCGAGGAGUUUUCAAACAUACGGUCUCUAAGAUCUCUAAAUCUUAAUGGCUGCAACCUAUUUGGAGAAUUUCCAAGCAGUAUUCUUCUGAUUCCCAACUUACAAUCUAUUGACUUAGGGAACAAUCCUAAUCUGAGAGGCAAUCUUCCCGUUUUUCAUGAAAACAACUCUUUGCUAAAGUUGACCAUUUUGUACACAUCCUUUUCAGGUGCCAUACCUGACUCCAUUAGUAGCCUAAAAAAUUUGACCUCUUUGACCCUUUCCGUUUCUUAUUUCUCUGGGAAGAUUCCAUUUUCACUUGGGAAUCUUUCCCAUCUCUCCCAUCUUAGUCUCUCUUCUAAUAAUCUUAUUGGUGAAAUCCCAUCUUCAAUUGGCAAUCUAAACCAAUUGACCAAUUUUUAUGUUGGUGGUAACAAGCUUAGUGGAAACUUGCCAGCUACGCUAAGCAAUUUGACCAAACUAAAUACAAUCUCUCUCUCUUCCAACCAGUUCACAGGUUCCCUUCCACCUAGCAUUAGCCAACUCUCUAAACUGAAGUUCUUUUUUGCUGAUGAUAAUCCUUUUAUAGGAGCCAUUCUUUCACCCCUACUCAAGAUUCCCUCAUUGACUAGGAUCCAUUUGAGUUAUAACCAACUCAACGACCUUGUUGGGAUUGAGAAUAUCUUUAUGUUACCUAAUUUAGAAACCUUUUAUAUUUACCAUUACAAUUACACCAAAGUCCGUCCACUUGACUUAAAUGUCUUCUCGUCUCUCAAGCAGCUAGGCACAUUAUAUAUCUCACGCAUCCCCAUUUCAACCACAAACAUCACUUCUGAUUUUCCAUCAAAUUUGGAAUAUUUGAGCUUAAGAAGCUGCAACAUCACUGACUUCCCUGAGUUCAUAAGAAAGGGGAGAAAUCUACAGAUUCUAGAUCUUUCCAACAACAAAAUCAAAGGUCAAGUACCAGACUGGUUGUGGAGAAUGCCAACGUUGAAUAGUGUGGAUCUUUCUAACAACUCGCUCAGCGGUUUCCAUGUAUCCGUAAAAGCAUCUCCCGAGAGUCAACUCACGAGUGUAGACCUAAGCUCAAAUGCUUUUCAAGGACCACUCUUCCUCCCGUCCAAGUCUCUCAGAUAUUUUUCUGGUUCCAACAAUAACUUCACCGGAAAGAUACCUCGAUCAAUAUGUGGACUAAGCUCUCUAGAGAUCCUAGAUCUAUCAAACAACAACCUCAACGGCUCACUCCCUUGGUGUUUAGAAACUCUUAUGAGUUCUCUUUCAGAUCUAGAUCUCCGUAACAACAGCCUCAGCGGAAGUCUUCCUGAAAUAUUUAUGAAUGCCACGAAGUUAAGGUCACUUGACGUCAGCCACAACCGAAUGGAGGGAAAGCUUCCUGGUUCUCUUACUGGUUGCUCUUCUCUGGAAGUUCUAAAUGUGGGAAGCAAUAGAAUCAACGACAUGUUUCCCUUCGAGUUGAAUUCUUUACAGAAGCUUCAAGUUCUUGUCCUCCACUCUAACAAGUUUCAUGGCACAUUACAUAACGUUGAUGGGGUUUGGUUUGGAUUUCCUCAGUUGCAAAUCAUUGAUGUAUCACAUAAUGACUUCUUCGGUAUCUUGCCAUCUGAUUACUUCAUGAACUGGACUGCGAUGUCCUCCAAGAAAGAUAAUAAUAUAGAGCCAGAGUACAUUCAGAAUCCUAGUGUAUACGGUUCCUCACUUGGCUACUACACUUCACUUGUCUUGAUGAGUAAAGGAGUAUCAAUGGAGAUGGAACGUGUCCUUACAAUCUACACGGCCAUCGAUUUAUCAGGGAAUCAACUACAUGGAAAGAUUCCUGAUUCUAUUGGUCUGCUGAAGGAGCUUCGAAUUCUGAACAUGUCAAGCAAUGGUUUUACAGGCCACAUCCCAUCUUCUUUAGCAAACCUGAAGAAUCUUGAGUCACUCGACAUAUCCCAAAACAAUAUCUCUGGUGAGAUUCCUCCUGAGCUCGGGACUCUCUCUUCUCUCGCGUGGAUAAACGUUUCACAUAACCAGCUUGUAGGUUCCAUACCACAAGGCACACAAUUUCAACGGCAAAAAUGCUCUUCCUACGAAGGAAACCCCGGACUUAAUGGUCCUUCUCUUGAGAAUGUUUGUGGACAUAUCAAAGAGUCAACACCAACACAAACCGAACCGUUGGAGACAAAAGAAGAAGAAGAAGAAGAAUCAUUUAGUUGGAUAGCAGCAGGUUUAGGCUUUGCACCUGGAGUUGUAUUUGGACUAGCGAUGGGAUACAUAGUGGUUUCAUACAAGCAUCAAUGGUUCAUGAAGACUUUCGGACGAAGCAAGCAACAGAACACCAGAACUCGUUAAGUCAGCCAUCGAUCAUUUUUCCAUUCUUGUUGUUAUGGUCAUAAAUAAUUUGUUGUAUUUCAUGUAGAAAAG